AUGGAUAAACGAAAAGGUAAAAAUAGAAUUGACAUAAACUCUAAUAUGAACUCAAAUCAGUCCGAUGAUGAUAAUAGUGACGUAUUCUACGAAGCUGUAACCGAUGUGGAAGUUUCUACGCCACAAAACAAUAACGUAUUCUACGAAGCUGUAACCGAUGUGGAAGUUUCUAAGCCACAAAAUAAUAGAUAUUCCAUUUUUACUUCAUUAUCUUUAUUAUCUAAUUCUUUCUCUAUAUCUGGCGUAACGAAAAAAUGUAAGAUUAUUAUUGGCAAUAAGAUUUCCAAUUUUAUUGCACCUGAAGAUGAUAGCUACACAAAAAUCAUAUUUCAUGUGCAUUUUCCUAAGGUUCAUGUCGGAGAUCCUGUUAUAGUUGGUAAUAUUGAGGAACUUGGUAAUUGGAAUGAACCUAAAGUUAUUCUUAAACAACAUAAUAAGAAACAUACAUCUUAUUGGUAUUCAGAUCCUAUUCAAAUCCCGAACGUGAGAUUUCAAGUUACUGUUAGAUACAAGUAUGCUGUGUAUUCAUACAACAACCUACACUUAGAAUACGAAGGAUCUGGUCCAGAUGAUGAUCGUGAGCUAGAUAUUCAACGUCAACAAUUCGAUAUUUGGAAAAACAAUUCGGCUUAUCGCAUUAAUAAAAUUAAUGAUUAUAUGUUUUUAAAUGUCAUUUAUGGAUCCGAAAACAUUAAGGGGAUGAUUCUAGAUUAUGAUAGAAUCCUUAAACAGCAUCAAGACUUAACUUUAUCCGUAACAAAUCUUCAAUUUAUUAACAAACGUGUAUCGGAUAAAUCUAUCGGUAAACGUCUUUUUUUAUGCUUCCUUUUAGGACAUAUCGCCGCCAAUAAUUCCGAAAGAUUUGAAUUACCAAGAGAAUUUCAAUUUUUUCCCUUGCUACAAGCUUUCUUCACGGUUGAUCAAUACACAUUUCCAAGCGAUAGUAUGCAUGUUGUAUUAAAAGGGAUUGACCUGUUAAUUCGUCACAAUAUUCAUUAUGGAUUAUUCGAAUGGCUCGAAAUCUUUAGCAUUGCAAAAAAUUUCGAUCCUCAAUAUAAAUUCAUCAACACAAUAUCUUUUUCUAAUUGCAAUAAUGAAAAAUAUAUAGAAGAUUGUUUUGAAAAGAUUCUGAAAGAUAAAUUUGACGAAUAUCACCGUGCGAAAAUUAUCAAGUGGUUGAUGAGCCAAUGUAACAACGCGAAAUACUUUUCAAUCAUCUGGCGAUCCUCAAAGAAAAGUGACAAGAAACUACGACAAGAUUUGGAAGAUAAUAUUAAAAAAAUGAUAUCUGAAGAUGAACCGGCUAAUUUACAUAAGAAUUUUACCCAGCUUCCUGAUGACAUUAGAGAUAAAGUUUCCGACCUCUUUAAGAAAAGAGUACUUGAUUUAUUAACCAAGGAUCGUCUUGCCAUUUGGGAUGAGCCUAAAUCAAAGUCGAUUUCUAACCUUUUAAAUUCUAAACGUCUGAAUUGGACAAAAAAUGAAUACAUAGCUGUUUUGCGGACGGUAUCAACCUCAAAUGAUGAUCAAUUAUUGAGCGUAUUUCCAUCAUUGCUUAAAAAUUGGAAAGAAAUGUCUAAUGGUAUUGAUUAUCAAAUAACACAAUUGUGCAUUAACUGGUAUAAAAAGCUCAUGAAUAGAAUAGGUCGAACAUCAUCCAAUUCAACGGCCCAUAGGGGAGAAUCCAUAAUUGCAGUUUUGGAGAAUUUGUCAAGAAUCUGUUCAUUAAUAAAUGAACAUUCAAUAUUGGGUGAAUUAAUAGGAUUAACGUUCGGUCAUAUUAGACGUUUUCCAGAAGAAUCAAUUCUUAAUACUGCAUCUAAUGUUGAAAAGUUUAGUUCAGAAGCGGUACAUGUAUUCACAAAAGUGAUUGAAGAAAAAAUUGAUUCAAUGGAAUUAGAUCGCUUUAUACCUUUAUUAAAUAAAAUGCAAGUUAUUUGUGGUUCUACUGGUAAAAGUUUAAAGAUUCCAAAUGACGAGCAAUAUAAAAUAAAAGAAGAAACUUGUCAAACACUUGUAUCAUUCGUCAAUCGAAAUGCUAAAUUACCUCAACUGAAAGAUCAAUGGCUUAAUUAUGAAAAAGAUAAAUACGAACAAGCUCUAGAAAAAAUUAACCACAAAUUAGGUCGCAUAUUUGGAACCCUUCAAAAACAUGAACGGCCAGUGAAAAAUUCCGAAGGACGCGUAAUGUCAGAUAUC